CUUAUCGUCAAGUUGCUCCUUCGGCUUUUCUUCGUUCUUGGAUAUCAUUGCCACCUCUCGCUCUGGAUUGCUAUCUGGAUGCUGCGUUGUCGACCACCCGUCUAACGUGCUGCGUUUCCAUUGCUGGUCUCCCCAACCGCAUCCCUGCCGGCCUGCUCCCUUGGUCCCGCGUAUCGCCAACGUGCCAACGCUUCCCAACUUUGGCACCACAUCAAGUAGAAACGUUAGCGACUUUGCUCGUUGCUCUGUCCUAGCCCUCGUACCUACCCCUGGCCAGUCCAAAGACGAGAUCUGCAACCCAUGAGUCUCCCUCACUCCGAUACUCAGCAGGAGAAGCCCUCCGAAGAUACGGUCCAAGAGAUCCAACCUCAUUCCCACGAGCCUUCCCGGAGCUUUUCGGGAUGGGUCGAUCCCCGGUUUGCCAAUACCCACCAGCCCCUCCCUUCCGACUUCAACUCCUGGGCCGACCUUGAUCCUGUCGAUCCGGGCUCGCAGCUGGAUAUGACCCUCGGCGAAUCUGCACAUCCCACAGUGCUGUCGGCCGGCGACUCUGCGCUUUCUACGCCAGUGGCUCUCGAGUCGGGACCUGCAGUCGAAAAGGCUGGGGGCCCGCUCUCGUCCCUCAACCGCAAAGUUGGCUCGCUCACGCGGUCGGGUACACUGGGCCGCUCAAGCACACUCGGGCGAUCCGGCACUCUCGGCCGCUCAAGCACCCUUGGCCGAUCGGGCAACAGUCUCAAUCGCAGGACCACGACCAAGAGCGACCAUGCCCAUCCAAAUGUUCCGUCGCAGUCCUAUGCCUCGAUGGACGACCAGGGCGUUCGCACCAACCUGGGCCACACCAACCUGAUCAUGGCGAUCCUCUCUGAGCUCUGGCUUGUCUCAACCAUCGUGAUCGUCGGCGCCACCUACCUCCUGACGUUUUACAAUUGGCUGCCCGGAUCCGUGCCUGACGACUAUCAGCUCUGGAACACCUCUUGCUACUGGAAACUGGGCCUGCUGCUGCCGCUGCCCUACACGCUGAUCUGCUUCCUCGGUCUGGCGCUGCCGUUCCGCACUCCAAAGUUCAUCUACAACGAUUCGCUCCGCAAGAGAAAGAUCGACAACCUGUACAUCCUGACAGUCACCAAGGGCGACAACCGCGAUGCCGUCUAUCGAUCCUGGAACGCCCACAAGCACCUCGAGCGACUGGACCCGUGUGUCCGCGUCCAUGUGCUCACGGACGAGCCCUAUUUCUUCGAGAACAUCAACUGCUACACCUGUCCCAAGAGCUUUGCCACCGGCCGCUCCAAGUACAAGGCCCGCGCCCUCGAGUGGUACCGCCAGACCAUGAAGUUCACGGAGCGUGACUGGGUGCUGCAUCUCGACGAAGAGUCUGUCAUUGAUGACGAGUCCGUGCGCCGUGUGCUCCGGUUCAUCUGGUACGAGCACGACUGCACAUGGGGCCAGGGUGUGAUCCUCUACAACCAGUACAACUACUGGAAGAACUGGAUCUACACUGUUGCGGACGCACUGCGAGUCGGCGACGACGUGUCGCGGUUCCAGCUGCAGUACACGUACUUCAAGCGACCGAUCUUUGGAGCACACGGAUCGUUCCUGCUGACCAACGGAGCAGUUGAGAACGCGGUGACUUGGGAUCUUGGCAGUUUGACUGAGGACUAUCAGUUUGCGAUGGUCGCCUGGAAGAAGGGAUUCAAGUGCGGCAAGGUGCCCGCCAUCAUCCGCGAGCAGUCGCCCAUGCGAUUCAUCGACUUUUUGAAGCAGCGUCGCCGCUGGUACGUCGGCAUCCGCCGACUUCCUCAAUUCCUCCCUCGCGUCUGGGCCUUCUUCUGGACGCUCUCGGUCGUCAGCGUCCUGUCCCUCAUUGCCACGACUAUCCUCGGCUUCGUUAUGGUGCAGCAACUGCCCGACGGCACCUUCCAGCACUACACGACCCCUCGCUGGUUCGUGUUCUUGACCAACUUCUCGUGGGUUGUGUUCAUGUACCUGUACUUGAUCGGCAACUUCAUCCAAGACCUCGACAAGGGCGCCAACAUCUUCCUGGUGAUUGCGCGCAUUCCGGUGACGCUGAUCCUCCAGCUGAUUGCUUCGCUGAUGGAGGCGGCUGCUGUCUUGUACGGCAUUGUUGAUCCUCCCAAGGACUUUGAUGUCAUCAAGAAGUAAAU